GUGUGCCACUUUUGACCAGGAAAGGAGCACCGGCCAGCAGGGUCUUCUGGUAGUGGGAGCACCACCUCCUCACAGGCACCUCGUACCAGUGGAGUCUGGUCUCUGCAGCCCCAAAUUGUCUCUCCCCCCCGAAAGCAAGACCCCUCGUCUCAAGGAGGUUUUUGCCCUCACGGCUUGGUCGUCGUUUCUAUUGCUGAUUAUUAUUUUUUUCUUACUAUAAGCUGACGGGGACGUGAGAAGUCCUGACAGAGGUGGCACGAUGACAACUGUCGAAACCCACAUGACAUACAGCAACUCCUACACGAUCCACCAUGAUGAGGCGUAUAUGACCCAAGAGGAGGACUGGGACAGGGACCUGCUGCUGGAUCCUGCCUGGGAGAAGCAGCAGAGGAAGACCUUCACAGCUUGGUGUAACUCCCACUUGAGGAAGGCCGGGACACAGAUUGAGAACAUUGAAGAGGAUUUCAGAAAUGGCCUCAAACUUAUGCUGCUGCUGGAGGUCAUAUCAGGUGAGAGGCUGCCCAAACCUGACAAAGGCAAGAUGCGUUUCCACAAGAUCGCCAACGUGAACAAAGCCCUGGACUUCAUCUGCAGCAAGGGGGUCAAACUGGUGUCUAUUGGUGCUGAGGAAAUUGUCGACGGUAAUGUGAAGAUGACUCUUGGUAUGAUCUGGACCAUCAUUCUGCGCUUCGCCAUCCAGGAUAUCUCUGUGGAAGAGACUUCUGCUAAGGAGGGUCUGCUGCUGUGGUGCCAGAGAAAGACUGCCCCCUACAGGAACGUCAACGUGCAGAACUUCCACAUCAGUUGGAAGGACGGCCUGGCUCUGUGCGCCCUCAUCCACAGACACAGACCUGACCUCAUUGACUACUCCAAACUGAGAAAGGAUGACCCUAUUGGAAACCUGAACACGGCCUUCGAUGUGGCUGAGAAGUUCCUGGACAUCCCCAAGAUGCUUGACGCUGAAGAUAUUGUGAACACACCCAAACCUGAUGAGAAGGCCAUCAUGACCUACGUGUCCUGCUUCUACCACGCCUUCGCCGGUGCUGAACAGGCCGAGACGGCCGCCAACCGAAUCUGCAAGGUGUUGGCCGUCAACCAGGAGAACGAGAAACUGAUGGAGGAGUACGAGAAGCUGGCCAGCGAGCUGCUGGAGUGGAUCCGCCGCACCAUCCCCUGGCUGGAGAACCGCGCCGCUGAGCAGACCAUGCGCGCCAUGCAGCAGAAGCUGGAGGAUUUCCGUGAUUACCGCCGCAUCCACAAGCCGCCCCGCGUGCAGGAGAAGUGCCAGCUGGAGAUCAACUUCAACACCCUGCAGACCAAGCUGAGGCUCAGCAACAGGCCUGCCUUCAUGCCGUCCGAGGGCAAGAUGGUGUCGGAUAUUGCCAACGCCUGGAAGGGUCUGGAACAGGUGGAGAAGGGCUACGAGGAGUGGCUCCUGACUGAGAUCCGCCGCCUGGAGAGACUCGAUCACCUGGCUGAGAAGUUCAAGCAAAAGUGCACCAUGCAUGAGACCUGGACUGCAGGUAAGGAGGACCUGCUGUCUCAGAAGGACUACGAGUCCGCCUCUCUGAUGGAGAUCAGAGCCCUGAUGAGGAAGCACGAGGCAUUCGAGAGCGACCUUGCCGCUCACCAGGACAGAGUGGAGCAGAUCGCCGCCAUUGCUCAGGAGCUGAAUGAGCUGGACUACCACGACGCUGCCACAGUCAAUGCCCGCUGCCAGGGCAUCUGUGACCAGUGGGACAACCUGGGCACCCUCACCCAGAAGAGGAGGGACGCACUGGAGCGUGUGGAGAAGCUGUGGGAGACCAUUGACCAGCUGUACCUGGAGUUUGCCAAGAGGGCGGCGCCCUUCAACAACUGGAUGGACGGAGCCAUGGAGGACCUGCAGGACAUGUUCAUCGUCCACAGCAUUGAGGAGAUCCAGAGUCUGAUCACCGCUCAUGACCAGUUCAAGGCCACUCUGCCCGAGGCCGACAAAGAGCGCAUGGCCACUUUGGGCAUCCACAACGAGAUCCUGAAGAUCGCCCAGACCUACGGCAUCAAGCUGUCCGGAGUCAACCCUUACACCAGCCUCACCCCCCAGGACAUCAGCACUAAGUGGGACACGGUGAAGCACUUUGUUCCCCUCAGAGACCAAAUGCUUCAGGAGGAGGUGGCCAGACAACAGGCCAACGAGAGACUGAGGCGCCAGUUUGCUGCCCAGGCCAACAUCAUCGGACCCUGGAUUCAAACCAAGAUGGAGGAGAUCAGCCAUGUGUCUGUGGACAUCGCCGGCUCCCUGGAGGAACAGAUGAACAGCCUGAAGCAGUACGAGCAGAACAUCAUCAACUACAAAUCCAACAUCGACAAGCUGGAGGGAGACCACCAGCUCAGCCAGGAGUCCCUCAUCUUUGACAACAAGCACACCAACUACACCAUGGAGCACAUCCGCGUGGGCUGGGAGCAGCUGCUCACCACCAUCGCCAGAACCAUCAACGAGGUGGAGAACCAGAUCCUGACCCGCGACGCCAAGGGCAUCAGCCAGGAACAGCUCAACGAGUUCAGGGCCUCCUUCAACCACUUCGACAGGAAGAGAAACGGCAUGAUGGACCCAGACGACUUCCGUGCCUGCCUCAUCUCCAUGGGUUACGAUCUGGGUGAGGUGGAGUUUGCUCGCAUCAUGACCCUGGUGGACCCCAACAACACGGGCGUGGUCACCUUCCAGGCCUUCAUUGACUUCAUGACUCGCGAGACAGCUGAGACCGACACCGCAGAACAGGUCAUGGCCUCCUUCAAGAUUCUGGCCUCAGACAAGAACUACAUCACAGUGGAGGAGCUGCGCAGGGAGCUGCCACCCGAGCAGGCCGAGUACUGCAUCACCCGCAUGACCAGGUACAUCGGAGCAGACUCUCCUCCUGGUGCCCUGGACUACAUCUCCUUCUCCAGCGCCCUCUAUGGAGAGAGCGACUUAUAAACCGCUCCUCCUUCCCUUCUCCCCAACUCCUCCCGUCCCAAAAACACCGCCCAGAGAAGGCGAGAGUAGAAGGCUUUGCUCGGAUCUUUAAAGCUACGUUUGGACUGAUCAUAAUGUGCCAGGUAUUGCAAUGAAGUUAUGUAAGCAGCUUACAUAUGAACAUACCUGCCUUUAGGAGAUGUUACACAGAAGGAUGUAAUGAGGGAGAUAAAACUCUGAGCAAAGCCUCCUGCCCUCCCCCUCUCUCAGAAGACAUUUUUGUAGAAGGGUAAUUAAUGAAGAAAACAUAAAAUGCUGGUUGGUCAACUGGCUUGGUUGAUUGCGUCUUUGUGCACAUGCAUGCUAUGUUGAACUUUAGAAAUGCUGUCUUUCAGUCCCUGAUCCUACUUAAACUUACAAAAACAAAACACUAUCAUGAAGAACAGAGCCAGCCAGGUGCUACUAUGUUAGAAACCACAGCACUGUGAAACCUGAUGUCCAUGAAGGAAAACUAACCUGAAGAUCUUAAAGCCUUAAGCUCAGGAAGAAACGGAGGAGACGCAGGAGCACAAAAACACUGAAGCACUGAGGGUAAAUUUAGAAAAAGAGAGGCCACGGCUGGACUUGAGAACGAAGAUGGAAAGACAAAUUGUUAUGGCCAGUGAGAAGGAUCCCACACACCGCUCUCCGUUCAGCAGAGGGGUGUCGAGCAGCGAGAGACGACAGGGCUUCAGGAAGGUUGUGGACAAAAUAAGAUGCUGUACGUGGGACCAUAGCAGGCCUAUGUUAGUGAGGAAGCAAAUAGGGUUCUGGUCCCAUUGACAGGUCGGCUAUGAUAAUCAGUGUGAACUGGCUCCCUGUGCGUGAUGAUAUUUUUAAAUUCCAUCUGUGCUCCUGCGUUCCCCUCCUCCUCCAUUCAAUCUGUCUAUCAUCACUAAUGCCACAAAAACUCACUUUAGCAGUUAAAUUUCAAAAACUACAACUUGGAAUAAAAACUGAAAAUUAUAUUAUUAAA